GUCGCCGAGACCAUUUGGCAACACUAAUUACUUGAUUUAUUGAUUUUCCUGGAGUCAAAACCAAAAAAUCUAAAUAAUAAUUUAAUUGAGUUUUCCGCAUUAUGUAUUCAAUACUGAAUUUCCUGACUUAAAUUAUAUGAAAUACUUAUUACUACGGUGCGGUUAAAUAAAGAGAUUGAACAGUGUAACAAUCACUAAACUAUUCUACUGAAUUACAUUAUUAAAAACAACAUGUCUCACAAACAAACGCCAUAUAGUCCUAACUUUCCAUCUAGUCAGGGUUAUGCUCCACCAGCAGAAGGAGAAAAAGCAAAUGAAAGCUACCCUAUGAAUCCACAAGUUGGGUAUCCGGGACCACCACCUUCGUUACCCCCAGGAGCUCAACCAUUACCAGGAAUGCAGCAUGGAAUCCAACCAGGUUUCCAGCCUGGCUUUCAACCCGGAUUUAUGCCUGGCUUUCAGCAAGGAUAUGCUCAAGCACAUCCUGCAUAUCCACACGCACUGCCUGCUUAUCCUCAACCACAACCGGGAUAUCCACCUGCACCAAUUGUUCAACAGCCUGGACCAGGCCAAGCUCCAGGUGGAUGGAUGACUGUACCGCAAGGACUCAGCAACUGCCCUCCUGGUUUGGAAUACCUGUCUUUGAUUGACCAAUUACUUAUACAUCAAAAAGUGGAACUUCUGGAGGUGUUUGUUGGUUUUGAAACAAAUAAUAAGUACACAGUUAAAAAUGCGUUAGGUCAAAAAGUAUAUUAUGCUGUUGAAGAUAAUGAUUGUUGCACAAGAAAUUGCUGUGGACGGAUGCGUCCAUUUGAUAUGAAAAUCAUGGACAACUUUCAGAAUGAGGUUAUUCACCUAAAGCGACCUUUGGCGUGCGAUUCUUGUUGGUGCCCAUGUUGGUUACAAAGCAUGGAAGUAACUGCCCCUCAUGGUACCGUCCUUGGCUCCAUAGAACAAGAGUGGUCAAUCUUCAAGCCCUGCUACGUCAUAAAGAACGCCACAGGAGAAGUUGUGCUUAAAAUCAAAGGGCCAGUCUGUACGCUAUCUAUCUGUGGAGAUGUACAAUUUAAUGUUUACUCGAAAGAUGGUGAGACCAAAGUGGGGAAAAUAACCAAACAGUGGUCGGGUUUGGCCCGUGAAGCAUUCACCGAUUCAGAUUAUUUCGGCAUCACGUUCCCAAUGGAUUUGGAUGUCAGGAUAAAGGCAGUUCUGCUGGGAGCAUGUUUUUUGAUUGACUUCAUGUUCUUCGAAAAGUCCGGUAAUCUAGAACAAGAUGGGCCAGGUAUGUUGUAAGUUGAAUCUAUGGUUUUAAUGCGACUACAGCUAUAGAAUUUUGUUUUGGGAAAAGAUCCUUGAAUGAUUGUAUUUUUAUAUUAAUACUUAAAUGUUAGACAUAUAGGCUACAAAGGCUUGCUUCUAUUAACAUGUGUUAUAGCCAUUUUGUUUAUCUUUGUUUCGAUUUUUUAUAUUUGUUCUCUAAUGGAAAGUAAAUAUGUAUAAGCAUUUUCCUUAUAGUAUUUAAGAAUUUUGUGAUUGACAUUGAAAUGUACUAUUAUGAAUCUAUUUUAAUAAUGAUUUUGUAUUACUUGGUAUUAUUUACAUAAGUAUGUUAAAGCACUCAAAGAAUCUCAACUAGUGAAUUUCAUAUCAGUUUCAAUUUUAAAUUCUGUUUAAUUUUUACCGUAUUGACUUGAGAAGCGUUGAUACCUAAAAGACGUAAUUUAUGGUUAAACCCCAAAUGUUCAUAACCAACAAGGUGAAAACAUUUAAAAAAAUCCGUUGCUAUCAUUAAUAACACCGAUUUAACUACAAAACACGAGAAAGGGCCAAACCAGUAUGUAAGUUAAGAGUGUAAUUAUACUGAUUUGGUUUCCAUAAAUAAGGGGGUUAAUCUACUAUCACCGAAGUAUUUAGUUGGAUUUUUUAAACAAAACUUUGGAAAGUACCCUAGAGUAAAUGCAUUGCGAUUUUCAUAAUGGCCGAUUUACAUUAUCUUAGUGUGUAGGAGAGUGCUUUAGUACAACUUGAAAGGCAAGUUCAUUAGCGUAGCGUUUACUAAAGCAAGUAGCGUUUACAUGUUUCAACUAAAGUACUAUCCUAAAGCACUCUCCUAAACACUAAGAUAAUGUAAAUCGGCCUUUAGAAACACUUGAUGUGUGCUCUAAAUAUUGAAGUGAUCAACAAAUGUAACAAUUUGUUUGCUUGUUUCUUGUUU